AUGGCCGACAACGCUUCUCUCGCCGACCUGGCCCGAGAGCGGCUUGCACGGCGCGGACCGCCGCCGCCGCCUGCCGCACGCUCCGUGGCGCUCCCUGCGGUGCCCGGCUGGAAGCUGCUCGCAGCGGUCCUUGCAGGCUGGGCUGCACUCGCCUGGACGCAGCGGUCAGCUUGCGGCUGCGGCGCCGAGCACAGCCCAGAACAGGCGCUUGCGGACGCGCUGAGCGGCCUUGGCCAGCUGCUGAGCGGCGCGAAAAGUGCCCGGUCCGUGCAGCAGUCCUUUGGCCAGAGCAUGGAGCGGCUGCAGCAGAGCUGCGGCUCGCGGCUCAGCUCGGCUGUCUGCCACACCUCCUGCUGGAUGGCGGGCAAGGAGCUGCAGCGGUCGAUCUGGUGGUCGUGCUUCAGGCGCGGAGGCCACCGCCUGCCUGAGCAGCCGGGUGGCGGUGGGGCAGAGGGCCGCGGAACGGGCGGGCCUACCUCAUGGCCGGGGCUGGUAGGGGAGAAGGUCGGGCAGGCCGUGCGCCGCAUCUCGAGCGAGCGGCCGGACGUGUCCGUGCGCGUCAUGCGGGAGGGCGACAUGGCGACGAUGGACUUUGAUGAGGCACGCGUGCGGGUCUACGCAGACGAGUCGGAUACCGUGACGCGUGUCAGUUUUUAA